CUGGGGACGCUGGUGAUCGAGGCAGCGGAAAGCAGCGGGGCAUUGAUUACGGCCAGGCACGCCCUCGAUCAGAACCGCGAAGUCUUCGCCGUGCCUGGCAGUAUCCUGUCACCCGGCAGUCGCGGCACCAAUUCCCUGAUUCAGCGCCUGGAGGCGAAGCCUGUCCACAAGCACGAGGACAUUCUCGAGGAACUGAAUCUCUCGUUCGUGGGAGCCCAAAUCGAGAUGGCGGCCCUGUUCCCGGCUAACGACGACGAGUCGAAAGUUCUGUUUCACCUGAGCCAGGAGCCGACGCACAUCGACGAGGUCAUCCGCGGUUCCGGGAUGACCAUCUCCGUCGUGAGCAGCCUUCUGGCAAUGAUGGAAUUGCGUGGGCUCGUGCGCCAGGUGGGCGGGAUGAAUUACGUGCGAGUAUGA